UCCCAAGUUUCUCACACAUAUGACCAGCUUGUACUGUACCCACAUACUUUUAACCCCUGACCUUGACUGAGAGCAGGGGGUCAGUUCAAGAGAGCUCUGUUGGCUGAGCUCCUGAAUUGUGCUGUAACCCAUUGAUUUGGUCCUCGUUCUCAACCCACAUAAUAAUAGUGACGCUUUUAAUGAGAAGACUCACGCGACAGUCCAGGUGGAUCUUUGGAUGGGAGCACAUGCUUUUCCUCUCUUAGGCAUAACAACUCUUCCUAAAGCUAAUGUUGUUCACCAUCUGUUCAAAAAGCUGUUUCUCACUUCCUGACCGUUAUUUCCUGUCUGACAAUGUGCAUGCUAGUUUGACUCUGAGGCGCCUCAGAGAGCUUGGUCUCAGUGUGACACUAAAAAUAACCAUGAGCUUUUCUUUCUACAGUAUAUCACAGAUGAUUUACCAAUCCUCCAUAUGUUUUAUCCACAUUUCAGUAUUUCUUCAUUGGGACAACCCCCAGCUCCCACCUUUAGGGAAACGUGUUUUAAGGCUCCACGUCGAGUGACGUUAAGCAUAUCGACUCAGUCAGCGGUGUCAUUUGUUCUGAUGUGCUGUGAUCGUGUCAUGUCUCGUUUCCCACACCUGAGUAGGCCGCAUGUUGAGUGAGUGACACUUCCCUCCACUGGUGGUGGAGUGACGUCUCACUCAGAGCUGAGGCGGCGCUCAGACAUCUCGCUGCUGCCUGUGAGGAUGUCCACUACUGUUGAUUGUGAAAGUCACAUGUGGAAAAUGAAGGAGUAUUAGUCUUACAAACUACACACGUGAAGUCAGGUGGCGGCAGCACAUGGGAGCCAUGUCCAGACCAGCAUCUGUCCUGACGGUAGUUAUUUUACUGGCAGCGAAACGAUCCUCCAGUAAAAAUUGUGUGAUCUGGAGUGAAUCUGGUCCUCCUGUGGUGCGAGGCUCCUCUCUGUCCGUCUUCUGCCACUUUCCCCAAACUUGCUAUCUAAAAAAAAUCACCAGUGACCACCCUCAGCCGACGGAUGGACCCUUUAAUGUGUCGACCAUUUUGGUAAAGUUGGUCAAUGUCUCAGAAAACACGUCCUUCCGCUGUCAAUGUCAAGUUCCAUACAACUCUGAGUGUGGCCUGGAUUUGACUGUUGGCUAUCCUCCUGAUCGUCCAGAGAACAUGUCGUGCAGCUAUAUCGCUGCAAACGCCUCAAAAAAAGAUGUGCAUUGUACCUGGGAUAGAGGACGGAAGACAUAUAUCCUGGACACCACUUAUUUGUGGGUUGAAUCUGACUCUGGAUUCCACAACAAUAUGAAGUAUCCAGUCCACAGUGGGAAUUCUGCCAAAUUCUCUGUUCCCGGAGAUGCUACGGUCAUCUCAGUGAGGGUCCAAACCCGGAACAAACUCGGCGCUGCAGCGUCUGUCAUCUGGAACUAUAUACUCGCUGACAUUGCCAAGCCGCCACCACCGGUUCUGGGUCAGCCUAACUGUUCGUCCAGAGAGUGCACCGCAGCGGUGACACGGGUUGAUGGGACAGAGAGUCUUCAAAUCCAAUACAGGACAACAGCAGCCCAUCAGAAGUGGACAACAGCGAAUUCCUCCCAGGUCUUGGUCUCCUCCCUUGAGCCAAACACGCGGUAUGAUUUUAGAGCCAGAUGGAAAUUCAGAACCGGCUCCUGGAGCGAGUGGAGCGCCAGUGUCUCAAGUUCCACGCAAGAGGAAGCCCCUGCUGAACCGCUGGACGUGUGGUGGACUGAGCUGCGUUGUGAAUCCUUGCAUGUUUAUUGGAAGUCAGAACAAGCUAGGAAACUAAAGGGAAUGAACUCUUCCAUGGCGAGAGGAAAAGUCCUGAACUACAUUGUUAAGGUUAAAAAUUUAAACAUUAUCAAAAACAUCAGCGCACACGAGAGGAACACUUCAGUCCAGUUCUGUCCCCAAUGUCAAGUGGCUGUGUCCGCCUGCAACUCCAAAGGCUGUUCCCCACCUGUUAUUAUAACCUGUCUCACAAAAGAACCAGCACUGGGCCUUACGGUUCUGACACACAACAACAGUUUGUCCCUCACUUGGCCACAAUCCAAUUCGGGGAUUCAAGAGACUGUGGUUGAGUGGUAUCGCGAUGGACACAAACUUGAUGAAGUCCAAUGGGUCAGACUGAGCAGAGACAAGCAUCAAACUGUCAUCACAAAUGUCCAGCCUUCUGAGUGCUACAAAGGGGCAGUGCAUGUGUUCUCCCAUGGAAACGUCAGGACAAUGACAUUCAUGGCAGCCAUUGUGGAAACAGUCCCAACAGUAGGUCCGUCGGUCCAAGAUAAUAUAGAGGCGGACACAGUGACGGUGACCUGGGCAGAGAUUCCGAGGGGUCAGCGCGGAGGCUGCAUUGUUAAAUACAAUGUCUAUUUAGAGAACAGCAUCGGAGACCUGUGGAAUGAUUCUAUAAUGGCUCCGGGAAAAACCUUCACAAAGACAAACCUGCCGCCAGCCACCUACAGUCUGUGGAUGUCCGCCUCCACUGCUAAAGGAGAAGGUCCUGCAGGCCGAAAGAUCAAGUUCUUCAUCUCAGCGGAUAACAAACUGCCUGUCGGCCUGGCGUGUGGACUGCUGUUUGUGCUGGGCCUGUUCCUGUUGAUGCUGUGCCAGUGUCCCACUCUCAAGCACAGACUGUGGGCUGUUGUCCAGUACUUCUAUGAGGUGGUGCCGGACCCAGCGAACAGCAAAUGGGCGAAGGAGUGUUCUAAAGAAAUGGGGACAAUCGACUUCCAACUCCAGCUCUGUGAGGAGAGAAUCACUGAAGACCUACCCAUCCUGGUUGCCAUCGAGGAGCUGCCGCAGAAGACCUGGGACGUCACAGAGUCUUCCAUAUCUCCCACACUGCAUUACCCUCUGAUCAGCGACAUCAAGAGCCACUCUCAGGACUCGGAGAGCUCCGCUCACACUGAGCACUCUCAAGUCACCACUGAGGAGUACAUCUCUUCUCACCAGCCAGGAUAUCAGGAGGAAGAGGAGGAGGAGGAGGAUGAGUUUGAGGACAUGCUGUGCUCAUUUUCCGACAGCUUCAGUGAUGCACAGGGGUGUGGAGGGAAUCUGACUUUGGAUGCAGUGAAAAUUAACUGCACGAAUUAAACAGAGAUGCCUUUGUUUAAUGGUUGUCUAUGAGUUACACUUAUGAGGAUUUCUUCAAGUCACUGGUGUGAACUCGAAACCAAAACCUGGAAAGAAGACAUGUACAUGUCCAUGUACCUCUUUUCAACUCCUGUUUUGCUGGUUGAGAUGGUGACAGCAAACGAUGACACAUUUCAUUUUGUCAGCACAAGAUUAUAUCACCUCCAUGAAAACUCCAAGAGUCACAGCAAGCUUAUCAUGAGCGGAAACGCCACCGAGGCUGUAGAUCUUGUGCAACGGGAGUCAAGCUUUUAUUACUUGUUCAAGCUUCUAAUCGAUCUUGUUGAGUUCUCAUUUCAUCAUGCAACAUACAACCUCAGUGUUCGGCACGUAUACCAAACAGCGGUAGCCAGGACCACGUGAUCAAUGAUCUUACAAAUAUGUGCUAAGUUAUUUGUACUGCGGCAAAUGAGUUUCUUGCCUUCAUGUAAUGUCUGAAAGAGUUUUCUGAAAUAAAAUAAAAUAAAUGAUUUAGGGGAGAAGAAUUACUCAUGUAAAUGCAGUUAUAAUUCAGUUGUAAGCCGUGCUGGUUUUCUCAAAUGCUAAAAAAGUAGCGCAAUUUCUCUUGUUCCACUCAUGGUCAACGUCAGGCUGCGCUCUCUCAUGACUUCUGGAACAAAACUAUCAAUUGCUUCUGUCUAGUUCGAGCCCAUGACAUGCCUUCUCUGAGACAGAAAAGAUAGUGUCUGAGCAGCGUCGCAUCUCAGGUUCAGAAACUGAGAUACGAAUAGUGUAGUCCUGCUUCAUCCUCAUCAACCACUCACUACGGCAGCCUGAGUUGGACACAAAAGGGAUUCUUGAGCUCAAUCAUUCACCUAAAACUAUAAUUCUACCUAACAGACGCAACAGGCAGAAAAAAGGGAGCCCAUGUUGUGGUUUGUUUUUCAUGGUUUGUGGUUGUUCCCACAAUUAAUAUGACUGAUGUCGAUUUAACAGUGCGUAACACACAACUAAAGUUGAUGAGUAUUGUUGUGUAAAUUACUUCAACAAGGGUAGAUGGUUUGUCUGAAAUAAUUAGUCCUUGAAACGAUAAAAGAGUGUCAAUUUUCUGAGGCCAAAUGAGGCCCAAUAAAUGUCUCUAGGAGAUGCACUUUCCAGCCAUGAGAGAUGACGGCGUGAAAGGUGGCACCCCAGUCCAUACCUUUUGCAUUACAGGCCACACCAGGUUUGAGACAUGAUGAUGUUUUAGUAAUAUAUUCAUCCAGCUUCAGAUGCCUGAUGCUAGGUCUACAUUUCCAUGUAGCGUGUCCGUUAAGGUUAGCUAGCUGCGAGUUAG